AUGGCCACCGACUACGCCAAGAAGACGAACGCCGAGCUCAUCGAGAUACUCAAGUCCCGGGACCUCCCCCACACCGGCAAGAAAGCCGAGAUGGUCGCGCGCCUGCAGGAAGACGACAGCUCGAAGCCCGCUGCGCCGGCUCAAGAGAACGCCGACGAUGUAAUUGACUGGGAGGACGACGAGGUCCCCGCCGCAGAUGCAUCGACUAAGCCCGCCGAUACCGAGACGGAGACCGCGACUGCGCCCGCCCCUCCCGCUCCAGCUGAAGAGGACAUCAAGGCUAAGGCAGAAGAGAGCAAGACAGGCGCGGAAGCGCAGGCAGAGCCCGCUCAAGAAACCGCAGAAACAGGCACAGUCGUGCCGUCAGGUGCAGAGGAACAGGCCGCCCAACAACCCGCGGAGGAGAAGCCAGCGCCCAACUUCUCGAUUGGUCUGUCUGUGACGGAUCUGGAGGAGGAAUUGAAGAAGCGCAAGGCGCGCGCGGAGAAGUUCGGUAUCACGGAGGACUCGCAGGCUGCGAUUGACGACGCGGAGAAGAAGCUCGAGCGCGCUAAGCGGUUCGGCACGGCCGGCGAAGAGGCGCCCAGUGCUGAGAGCGUCAGCCGACUUGACCAGGCUUUGCCGGAGAAGUCGCGGAAGAGAGGACGUGGUGAGAACGACCAGGGCGGCCGUGGCGGCAAGAGACGGAACCAGAACGGGCGGAACAACAACCAGCGCCAGCGUGGUCGUGGUAACCGCGGCCAGGGACAAGGACAAGGACAGAAGCAGGGACAGGCCCAGAAGCCUGCAGCCGCCACCAGCACCUCAAACGGCUGGAGCGAUAAGGACAAGGCGGCCAUGGAGGCUCGCAAGAAGCGCUUCGCCGGCGGCGCGUGA